CCGCCGGCGAACGAAAUGCUGGCCGCGUCCCUCAAGCCGCCGCCCUCCCUCGCGGCCUUCCCCUCGACCGCCCUCGCUCCCGCACCGGCCACCACCUCCUUCCCCGCCCGUCUCCCCCGCGGCGGCCGCCUCCACCUCUCCCUCUCCGCCGCCGCGACCGCCGAGAGCGCGGACGCCGCCAUCAGUCAGGACAACGCUGCGUCCGUAUCCGCCGCGUUCGAUGAGGCGCGCCUGGCCCAGUUCGCGGCGGACUGGCAAGCCGUGCGCGCGGACAAGGCGGAGGGGAAGAUCCUCACGCUGCCCGUGCUGCGGUCCAACACCGGCGGGGUGAUCCUCAAGUACAGCACCAUGCAGGGGUUCGUGCCCAACCCGCUCCUCAGCCCCGCGCAUUGGUGCAAAGACCCCAAAAGGCCCAUUCAAGAAGUCACAAAAGACCUAGUAGGUUCGUCCAUCUCUGUCAAGGUAGUUGAAGCGAACGAGGGGGAAAAGAAGCUUGUCUUCUCUGAGAAGGAUGCCAGUUGGUCGACGUACUCUUCUCAAGUCAAGAUUGGUGACACCUAUGAUGGAAUUGUCGGUUCCGUGUUCCAUUACGGCGCAUUUGUUCACCUGCGAUUUCCUGAUGGAAAUUACCAUCUUACUGGUCUUGUACAUAUCUCUGAGGUCUCUUGGGAUCUUGUCCAAGAUGUUCAAGAUUUUCUAAGUGAAGGCGAUAUGGUGAAGGUCAUAGUGGUGAAUGUUGAUAUGGAGAAGUCAAGGAUAGGUUUAUCAAUCAGGCAAUUGGAGGAAGAUCCUCUACUGGAGACAUUGGACAAAAUUAUUCCUUUGGAUCCUGAUCUAUCACCAGAUGCUGAAACCACGUCUUCUCCUGCAGAAAUUGAACUUCUUCCAGGACUCGAGGGUAUAUGCAAUGAACUAUUACAAGAGGAUGGUAUAACAGAUGUAAAGUUCGGGCGCCAGGCAUUGGAGAAACGUGUGGUUUCACAAGAUUUAGAGCUUUGGCUUUCUAGUGUCCCAGCUAAGGACAACCAGUACAAGCUUCUUGCUCGAGCUGGAAGACAGGUCCAAGAAGUAUACCUGACGACGAGCCUAGACCAGGAGGGCGUAAAGAAGGCGGUACAAAGAGUACUAGGCCGCGUCCCUUGAGUCUGAGGCGCAGCAGAGUUUGAACAGGACAGAGGCACCGCAGUUCCCUGACUAUGCGACUCAUACUGAAAUGACGUUAUGAAAUUCCACCGCUAUUUCGACAAUGUGCUCUACUGAAACUUCAUCCCGGCCAAGAGAUCACGUAACCAAAAGUUGUAUAUCUUUUUUGCAUCUGUACAAUGAGUAGGUAGGAAUGCCAUGGCAUCCUUGGUGGUGCAUGAAUGUUCUUGGCUGAACUGAACCGUGAAGUUCACCUGUAUAUAUCAAGCUGUAUUUAAACCUCCUGCUAAGUUGCCAGCGCUGCUUCUCGCAGAAAUGUAUUCCUCUUCCAGCAACUA